GAGGGGAGAAGAAGGAAAAGAGGCGCGGCUACAAGACAUGGGAAACAAGGGAAGCACGGACUCGGCGCCGUCGCUGACUCCCGUACAGCAGAGAGAGGUGAGAGCUGCCUGCGAUCUAGCUAGCUGCAUCCCCGCGCUUCUGCUCGUCGUUUUUAUUUUUUAUCAGGAGAACCUCUACGAGGAUUACGUCACUCCCGCUCUGUCGUCCGUCAGCGGUGGUCGGGCCCCUGGUCCUGCCGCCACUGGGGGUUCUGGGACCCCGCCCAUUUUGACACGUCCACACACGGAGCACCGAAGGCCACAACAGGGCCUCGAGAGACGUUCCAUGACAGUUGUUGGACGAGGAGGAGAUAUCCAGCGAAGGAGUGAUGCAGCACUUCGUCGACAGUCAACUAGCGAUUCGCUGCCUUUUGCUGAGCUUCCAGCAAAGCAAGACACACUUGAGGCACACAUUAUCGAGAGCUCGCCCCAGCAAGGAGUCAGGGACGUGGAACUUGCCACAAGCAUCGCUGUCACUUUUGACCGAAAUGUUUUGACCGUCAACGCCAGCAAACUUUUUGAGGUGAGAAGUGAAAUGGACGUGAAACCGGUGGAAGGUCACGUGACGUUCGACCCUCGUGCCCUGAGGGCGGAGUUCAGCCCCACCCACACGCUCCACCCCGGCACCACCUACACUGUGACACUCUACGGGAGAGCCAUCACUACACCGCAAUGCCCCUCUUCGGGCGCCGCCAUUUCCAACGCCCUUCUCUCCUUCCACACCUGCACCCCGCCACCGAAGAACAUUGGGAUCAAGUUGAAGGGGGAGAGAGAGACUGAGAAAUUGCAGAUUGCGGAUUUCUACGAUUUGUACAAUUCACUGGUGGUGUGGAGCACGAAACAGUGGGGCUGUUCCGGGGAGCAUAUUGUUGGGAUGUAUGUUGAAGCGGAGGACAGAGGGAAACUGCAGCCGCUAAAGGCCGAUCACGAUGUUUUGCGUCUCCGUGACGAUGACAUUGUUGUUGUUGACAUCAAAGACUAGCAACAUUUCAUUUUUUACAUGUAUAUAUAAAUGUACACACAAAGGAUUUUGAAAAUGAAACAAGAU